CUACAAAUAAACUUGGGCGCAGUCUUUCCCUCAUUCCCUUUCUUCCUUCUUCUUUUUUUCUUGCGAACAAAAUGCUCGAAGCAAACGAUGGAACAUAUGUCGUGUCUGCAUUAGGUGGUGUAGGUACCGGAAAAUCCAGUUUAUUGAACGCCAUUACAGGUGAAUACACUUUUGAAACCGGCGAUGGCACAGACGCUAAAACCUUGACGGUGGACGGUAAAAUCAAGGAGUGGAGAUUUGCACCUUCACAACAAUUCUGCCAUUUGAUUGAUACGCCCGGAUUAGUCGACUCGAAUAUUCAAGACCGUCAUAGUAUUCAAGAAAUGACACGUUACUUUAAAUCAUUAGAAAAUGGUGUCAGUGCUUUUUUCUUGGUGUUCAAUAUCAAUGAUAUCAGAUUGGAUGCAUAUACACAAAAUAUGCUGAUUUUGUUCCACCAAUUGCUCGGUAAAGAUUUCUGGAAUUUUGUUGUCAUUGUCUUUACGCAUGUGGAUGAGGAUUUUAGAGACGAUUUGGAAGAUAACAUGGAUGCUGUUACAGCGAGCAACGAUGGGUUUGUUGCUGAAAUCCGAAGAAUUUACAAACUCCCAAGAUCCUUCCAGCCUUCUGUGAUUUUCACUUCUACACAGAAUGUAAGAUCGAGCAGUUAUACGCAAAGACAUAUGCGAGAGUUAUAUAUGGCUGUGAGCUUGUAUGAGACUAGAAAUAAUGGCAAACGUUUUACCUGUAAUUGGUUGAGACAGAUUUUAACCAUUCCUACCGAAGAACAAAAGUCUACCUUCAUCAAGGACAGUAUCAAGGAUGCUUGGUCUUCCGUAUCUAAUGCCUGUCAAAUGCAAUAAAUAAAUGUUUCAUUAUAAGAAACCCGAGGUUUUACAUGUGUUUGUUAUUGGGGCUAUUCACAAAGACCUCUUUUUUGUUUUGUUUCAA